AUGACACACCCAGAUAGGAGUCAUCAAUUCACUCAUUCAAAUAAUAAAAGGAGGGCGUCUGUGGUAUAUGGUUCAGUUGGUAAAGGUGGUCUUUAUAUUCCAUCAGAUUUUAUUGGCUCUCCGUCAAAUAGGAAUCGUCAACUGUUUCAGGAUGAUAUUGUGGCAGACGAAAACUCGCCAUUACUUGAUGUACAAGGCACACAAGCCACUGUGGUGGAUCCCAAUCCAAACCCUUUUAAAAAUAGACGUAAACUGAGCAUAGCUGCCAGAGAGUUGUUGGAGCAGGAACGAGAGUUAUUACAAGAGAGUAAUAUUGCCGUUGAGGAUUUAAAGAGUGAUGAUGAUGUUAGGGAUGCAUUUGAAGAAGCAGUUCAGAAUAAACAGAUCGAAGUCACCACCCCGCUUAUCGAAUUAAAGACAUUGGUCAGUUCAGCUAUUCCUUCGGUGGUCACAUUUCUUUUGCAAUGUUCACUUUCAACAGUUUCAGUCUUUAGUGUUGGCCACAUUGGUGCAACUGAGUUGGCAGCUGUGUCAAUGGGUGCCAUGACGGCGAAUAUAACAGGUUAUGCCACUAUACAAGGUAUCGCCACUGCAUUGGAUACGUUGUGCCCACAAGCAUUUGGUGCCAGGAAAUACACCAUGGUUGGAGAGUAUUUUCAAAAAUGUACGGCAUUGAUAGCAGUUGUCAUGUUACCUGUCUUGAUUGCUUGGGUAUUUUUUGGCUACGAUUUAAUCUGUCUUAUUGUACCUGAUAAGGAGACAGCUAAAUUUGCUGCGCAAUAUCUACAAUACGUUUCCAUUGGUAUCCCGGCAUACAUUUCAUUUGAAUGUGGAAAGAGGUUUUUACAAGCUCAAGGAAUUUACAAUAUCGGUGCAUAUGUGUUGCUCAUUGCCGCGCCAUCAAACUUGUGCAUGAACUGGUACUUGGUUAAAAAGAUUGGAUAUAUUGGUGCCCCUAUUUCUGUGGCAAUAAACUACUGGUUAAUGGCAAUUGGAUUAUUUGUCAUGACUGUGUUUUACAUUAAGCCAGAAGACACCCCUAGUGGAUUCCAUCCGUUGAGAUGUUGGGGAGGACUCAAUAUAAAAAAAGCUUUCAAAGGAUGGGGGAAAUUAAUCUCGUUAGCUAUUCCAGGUCUUGUCAUGUUGGAGGCCGAGUUUCUUGCAUUUGAAAUAUUAACGUUGUUGGCAUCCUAUAUUGAUACUAAAUCGUUGGCUGCCCAAUCAAUUGGAACAACAAUGGCAUCAUUGACUUAUCAAGUACCAUUUGCCAUUGGAAUUGCUUCGUCGUCGAGAAUUGCCAACUUUUUAGGAGCAGGGUUGGCUGAGUCAGCAAAAGUAACAACCAAAGUAUCUCUUGGUUUUGGAUUGGUGAUUUCUAUAUUAAACUUUCUCGCAUUGUAUUGUUUCCAAAGACCAAUUGCCAACGCCUUCACCAAAGAUCAAGAGGUUAUUGACAUUGUUCUCAGAGUUAUGUGGCUUAUUGCAUUGAUGCAGAUUUCUGAUGCCAUGAAUGCAAAUUCGGCUGGUUGUUUAAGAGGACAGGGACAGACUAAAAUUGGAGGUAUUGUAAAUUUGUUUUCGUACUAUGUUGUUGGUCUCCCAUUGUCAAUUUAUCUUUCAUUUUAUUCUCCAUGGAAAGGAUCAUUGGACGGAUUGUGGAUUGGAAGUACUGUUGCAUUGACAAUUAUCGGAGUGGUGCAGAGUUACUACGCUUUAGCGGCCAAUUUCAAUCAUUUAUGUGAAGAGGCUAGAAAAAGAACAUCAACCCAAGAGGUUUAA